AUGGAGUAUACUGCUCAAAAUUUAGAAUAUGCGGUUUCCGUGUUUUAUAACGGCGAACAAGAAGAUCGGGCAAAAGCACAUGCAUGGCUUACAGCAGCGCAACGAGUACCAGAAGCUUGGAAUUUUGUUUGGGAAUUGCUCCAACCUAGCAAAGGAACAGAAAUACAAUUCUAUGCAGCUACGACAUUACAUACAAAAAUUCUGAGGUGCUGGAGUGAGGUACCCCCUGAGAGUUAUCCACAAUUAAAGGAAAAAUUAUUACAAUCUGUAAUUGGUUAUUCUAAAGGCCCAAAAAUUGUUACUAACAGACUAUGUAUCAGUUUAGCUGCAUUCAUUUUACAACAAGGUUCAAUAGACCUAGCUGAUACUUUAAGACCGCUCUCAGCUGCAGAGAACACAUCUUUAUUACUCGAAGUGCUUACUGUGAUACCAGAAGAAUACAAUAGUAUGACUAUGGGAACAUCUUUACGUCAAAAAAAUCGUGCUGCAUUAAACCAAGCAAGUUCUAUGGUGUUGGAUGAUAUGCUAAGAUAUCUUCAGAGUGUUUACAAUGACUAUAGCAAUGAGGGGCCAAGUGAAGACACGAUACUGUCGUGGACGAGCGCGGCGACGUGCGCGGCGAGCUGGCUCACGCUGGGCGAGGAGGACGCGCUCGACUGCGCCACCACGCUGCCCGAGCGCGCGCCGCUGUGCCGCGCCCUGCACACCGCCGUGCAUGUUAUAUGCACAUGGAACGAAGCAAUAAGCGACAGUGCGCUAGAGGCGUGCGAGGCGUGCCUGUCGGCGGUGCGCGCGGCGGGCACGGCGGGCGGCGCGCACCGCCACGCGGGCGCCGCAAGCGCCCUGCUCGCCGACCUCGCCGCGUUGGCGACGCCGCUCUUUGCCGCGCAUAAUGUGCCUAAUUCUAUUAACGAGGAGCUGCUAUCGGCCAUCAUCACUUGCUGCGUGUCAAUAGGCGAGUGCCACUCGCGCGUGAUCGUGGAGGCGGUGGAGGGCGCGGGCGACGGGCGCGGCGCGCGCGGCCUGCUGCAGCUGCUGCUGGCGGCGCAGGCCGCGCCCGGACACUACCCGCUGCACGAGACGCGCUCCAACUUAGUGUUCGGCGUGUGGUACACGUUGCAGGAUGAAAUAUUGAACAUGACAAACGACACAGUGAAAAUAAAUCCAGUAUGGCAUGAAGUUUUUACGCAACUCCUUAUCACGUUAAUAAAGAAAUCUGAGAUGCCUCCAGAGUCGGCGCUAUCUAAAGACGAUCAGGAACUACUCCGGUGCUACAGACAGGACAUAGCAGAUAUUGUGAUGUAUUGCUUCAUCAUCCUGGGAGACGGUUGCUGGGGGCUAGUGGAGAACGCGUACACAACAGCAAAAAGCGCUGCGCAGCGCGAGGCGGCGCUGCACGUGUUCCUGGCGCUGGCGGACGCGGCCACGCAGGCGCGCGCGCCGCCGGCGCUGGCGGCGCUGCUGCAGCACGCGCUGCACGCCGCGGCCGACCCCGCCGAGGAUGUGCGCGUGCUGCACACUGCGCUCGAUUGUCUUGGUGCGUACGCAGCGUGGCUGAGCUCGCUGGGGAGCGCGCGCGGCGCGGCGCUGGCGCGCGAGUGCCUGCGCGCGGCGGGCGGCGCGCUGCCGCGCUGCGCCGCGCCCGCCGCGCUGGCGCUGCGCAAGCUGUGCGACGACUGCACCGCGCCCGCCAGCGAGCUCGUCGCCGACAUCGUGCGGGUCGCGCAGAGCGCGGACAGCACGCUGGACGCGUGGACGCGGCGCCAGCUGCUGAGCGCGGCGGGCGCGGCGCUGGCGGCCAGCGCGCCCGCCGCCGCCGCGCCGCUGCUGCGCGGCCUGGCGCUCUCGCUGCGGGACCUCCUCGCCGCUCAGGCGGCGGACGGCGGCAAGUGCGGCGCGGCGGAGUGCGUGUCGCUGAUGGGCGCGCUGGGCGCGCGGCCCGCGCUGGCCGCCGACCUGUUCCGCGCGCUGCGGCCCGCGCUCGCGCUCAUGCCCGCCAACGCCACGCUCACACAGCCAAUGUUUCAAAUCUUAAAACAUACAGUAUCAGCAAUGAUGAGUGACGUCAUAUCAAUCAUAGAAGACGUGUCGCAGCUCAUAAUAGCUGGUUUUGAAACGCAGCCCUGCCCGGUUGGACUUGAUUGUAUAAAACUUGUGACGGUGCUGGUGGGGGGCGAGUGGGGCGGCGCGGCGCGGCUGGUGCGCGCCGGCGUGCUCGCCAGCGCGCGCGCCGCCGCGCCCCCGCCCUCCCCCGCGCCCCCCGCGCCUGCGCCCCCCGCGCCCGCGCUCGCCGCGCCCGACCUCGCCGAGGCACUGUUCGCGCUGCUCGUCGCGCUCACCAAGAAGCAGAUGCAAGCUAUUGAUUGGAUAGAUGAUUUGCUGCCGGAUCUCGUUGAUUUGGCGUGCAACUGCGUGCGCGUGUGGGAGGCGCGCGCGGCGGGCGCGGCGUGCGCGUGGCUGGCCGCGCUGGCGCAGCGCCGCGCCGCCGCGCUGCAGCGCUGCGCGCCGCACCUCACCAUCACUGCGAUGUCUUGUAUUGGCGGCGCGACACCUCGCAAUCAAAUGGAGCCGCUAGCAGAGUUACUGUUAGCACUGAACCGCGCGCAGUGGGACGAGGCGGGCGCGGGCGCGGCGGGCGAGUUCGGCGCGUGGCUGCGCGUGGCGCUGGCGCGGGCGGGCUUCCCCUCGGCGCACGCCACCGACGCGCACAAGCAGAAGUUCAUACAGGCCGUGCUCAGAGAGAAGAAAAGUAAAAGAAGACUAUUGGAGAGCGUGCAAGAGUUUUCGCUGGCGUGUCGCGGUCUCAUCGGCACCGAGUACGCGCGGCAGUCGCUCGCCUCCAAACAGAUGGUAGCC